GCGGAUUUCACCGUCAUAGCCAUAGCUGUCAAACAUAAAACUAAAAAGAAAAUCCCACUGAAAAAUUGGGCUGCUUUGUUCUUAAAUUAAAUAAGUUCUAAAAGAAAAAAUAAAUUUCAACAAUGCCUAUUGAAAACCUGGAAGAACAAGGACUCGAAAAAAAUCCCAAUCUAGAUUUGGCACAAUCGAAGUUUUUGCUAACUUUGAGCGAACACAAAAAUGAUGUCGCUAUCAAGACACGGCUCCUCGAUGCCAUCAAAGCCGAUAAUAUGGCUCCAUGGUAUGAGCUGGUUUGUGCCGAACUCAAUUGGCCUGUAGACAAAGACCUGCUUGCUCGCAUGAAGGAAAACAAUAAGACUGAGCUGGACAAGCUUGAUGCAGCUAUUGAGGACGCAGAAAAAAGUCUUGGUGAGAUGGAAGUGCGUGAGGCAAAUCUUAAGAAGUCUGAAUUUUUGUGCCGUAUUGGGGACAAAGCUGGUGCGGAAUCCGCAUUCCGAAAGACCUACGAAAAGACAGUUUCAUUGGGUCAUCGUUUGGAUAUUGUCUUUCAUUUGAUUCGCUUGGGUUUGUUUUACUUGGAUCACGACCUCAUCACUCGAAAUAUCGACAAGGCAAAGUAUUUAAUCGAAGAAGGUGGCGACUGGGAUCGUCGCAAUCGUUUGAAGGUUUAUCAAGGAAUUUACUCAGUUGCGAUUCGGGACUUUAAGGCUGCCGCCGAAUUCUUUUUGGACACUGUCAGCACAUUUACAUCCUACGAACUUAUGGACUAUCCCACAUUCGUCCGCUAUACCGUCUAUGUCUCGAUGAUAAGUUUGCCACGCAACGAAUUGAGAGAUAAAGUUGUGAAAGGCGCUGAAAUCCAAGAAGUUCUUCACGGCUUACCCGAUGUCAAGAAAUAUCUCUUCUCAUUGUACAACUGCCAGUAUGCCGAUUUCUUCCAGCACUUGGCCGAAGUUGAGACCAUCUUUCGAAAUGAUUACUUGGCCAAUCCCCAUUAUCGCUUCUAUGUCCGUGAAAUGCGUAUCCUAGCCUACACUCAGCUUUUGGAAUCAUACCGAUCGCUUACCCUACAAUACAUGGCCGAAGCAUUUGGCGUGGACGUUGAUUACAUCGAUCAAGAAUUGUCUCGUUUUAUUGCCGCUGGUCGUCUGCACUGCAAAGUUGAUCGUGUGGGAGGAAUCGUAGAAACAAAUCGUCCCGAUAACAAAAACUGGCAAUAUCAAGCUACCAUCAAGCAGGGAGAUUUAUUGCUUAAUCGUAUACAAAAGUUGAGCAGAGUUAUUAAUAUUUAGGUGUCAACAAUAAAAUGUCUCCCCAUUGCUUUUAAUUAAAUAUUUUGUAUUAACAUAUUGAACAAUAAAAUAUUAACUUAAAGUUUUGAAUUACAAAUUUA